AUAGGAUUAUAUAUUAUUAGAUAUCAAUAAUAUUGAUAAUAAUAAUAGAUGCAAUCGCAAGAAAAAAAGCCCCGUCCGGUCCGCAAGUGUGGCCCCAAACCGCCCGAAAAGCCCGAACGGGCUCUCUAUUGCCUAUCACUUAAAAAUCCCAUCAGAAAACUAUGCAUAGCUAUUACUGAUUGGAAGCCUUUUGAAUGGCUUAUAUUAAUAACAAUAUGCCUCAACUGUCUAGCACUGGGUGUUUAUACACCCUAUCCAGCAUCGGAUACAAAUCAUAGGAAUCAAAUUUUGGAAAAAAUUGAGUAUUUCUUUUUGGUUGUCUUUACCGUCGAGUGCUUUAUGAAGAUCAUAGCCUUCGGCCUAUUCAUGCAUUCGGGCGCCUAUUUGAGGAGCGCCUGGAAUCUGCUUGACUUCAUCAUCGUUGUCAUCGGACUGGUCAGCACAUUCCUGGCCUCCCUAUUCACUGAGGGUAUUGAUGUGAAAGCAUUGAGAGCUUUUCGGGUAUUACGACCACUGAGACUGGUAUCGGGAGUGCCCAGCCUUCAAGUGGUUUUAAAUUCAAUAAUCAAAGCAAUGGUGCCUUUACUUCACAUUGCAUUACUUGUCAUAUUUGUUAUAGUUAUCUAUGCCAUCAUUGGACUUGAAUUAUUUGUAGGCCGUAUGCACCAGGCCUGCUAUAAUAACUUUACCGGUGAAAGGACAUCCGAUCCGACACCGUGUGGUGGGGCCUAUAAUUGUGAGGAGCCAUUCAUAUGUAGCGAUAAGCCCUACUGGGAGGGCCCCAAUACGGGAAUUACUAAUUUUGAUAAUUUCGGUUUGGCAAUGCUCACUGUUUUUCAAUGUGUUACCAAUGAAGGUUGGACUAAUGUACUUUAUAAUAUAAACGAUUCGGUAGAUAAUUCGUGGCCAUGGAUCUAUUUUAUUAGUCUAAUUAUAUUGGGAUCAUUUUUUGUUAUGAAUCUUGUAUUGGGUGUACUCAGCGGUGAGUUUUCCAAAGAGCGCGAAAAAGCCAAAGCCAGAGGAGAUUUUCAUAAACUAAGAGAAAAACAGCAAAUCGAAGAAGAUUUGAGAGGUUAUCUCGAUUGGAUCACUCAGGCAGAAGAUAUAGAGGCCGAUGAAAAGGAGGCGUCCAAUGAGAGACUUGGAGGCGAUAAUGAUAAUGAUCGACUAGAAAAUGAUCAUGGUAAUAAUCAUGAUGCUAAUAAGCCACCAUCAUUUUGGCAAACACAACGAAAAAAUUUCGGACGAAUUAACCGACGUUUGCGUCGGGUUUGCCGAAAAAUAUGCAAAUCUCAGGCACUCUACUGGACAGUCAUAAUAUUGGUAUUUUUGAAUACAUUGACACUGGCCUCUGAACACCAUCAGCAGCCACAAUGGCUGGACGAGUUUCAGGAAGUGGCAAACAUGAUAUUUGUGAUAUUAUUUCUAUUGGAAAUGUUGCUGAAAAUGUAUAGUUUAGGAUUUCAGGGCUAUUUUGUUUCGCUAUUCAAUCGAUUUGAUUGUUUUGUUGUCAUCAGUUCCAUACUGGAAGUAGUCUUAACCACAUCUGAUGUUAUGCCACCUCUCGGGGUAUCUGUCUUAAGAUGUGUUCGUCUCUUACGGAUCUUCAAAGUGACAAAAUAUUGGACAUCGUUGCGCAAUUUGGUCGCAUCGUUGAUCAAUUCAAUGCGUGCCAUCGCAUCCCUACUUCUUCUGCUAUUCUUGUUUAUCGUUAUCUUUUCGUUGCUCGGGAUGCAGGUCUUCGGCGGUAAGUUUAACUUCAAGAAGAAGGAAAAACCCAGACAUAAUUUCGACACAUUCUGGCAGUCAUUGUUGACUGUAUUUCAGAUAUUAACCGGUGAAGACUGGAAUGAAGUCAUGUAUGACGGUAUCAUUGCCUACGGCGGUGUCAAUAAGCCGGGUAUAUUGGCCUGUGUCUACUUUAUCAUAUUAUUUAUUUGCGGCAAUUAUAUACUGUUGAAUGUCUUUUUGGCCAUUGCUGUCGACAACUUAGCCGAUGCCGAAAGUUUGACGGCCAUCGAAAAAGAUGAAGAAGAAGAAGACGAGGAAGGAUUAGACGGUGAAGUAGAAGUAGAAGAAGAAGAAGUUGUGGUAAUGUCGACAGGAAUUGAUGCUAACAGUGAACAACAAGAUGGUCAUCAAUUAGAUGAUAAUAGUAGUAAUAAUAAUAAUAAUCAAGAAGAUCAACAACAACAACAAAAUCAUAUCAAUUUUGAUGGACAGGAAAAACUUAACGAUAAUAACCAUCUAAACGAUAUCAAUGGUAGUGGUGUUGACUUUGGAAAGUAUGGUAUCAGAGGAGACAAUAUCAAUGAAGACAUCAAUGAUGGCCAAAACAAUUCACUGGACGACGACGAUGACGAUGAAAAUGAAUUUAGCGGUGAUAUUGGCGAUCUGGACGCCGAUGGCGACGAAUAUACUGGUGCCCGACCCAGACGGAUGUCUGAACUGAAUUUUGCCACAAAAAUAACACCGAUUCCCAAACAUUCAUCGUUUUUUAUCUUCAGCCACACAAAUAAAUUCCGUAUACUGUGUCAUCGUAUUAUAAAUCAUAGCUAUUUCGGUAAUAUAGUACUCUGUUGUAUAUUAAUCAGUAGCGGAAUGUUGGCCGCGGAAGACCCGCUGGACGCCCAAUCGCCCAGAAAUACUAUUCUCAAUUAUUUUGAUUGGUUUUUUACAUCGAUUUUUACUAUUGAAAUAUCAUUAAAAACCAUAACCUAUGGUGUAAUCCUACACAAGGGAUCAUUUUGUCGAAGUUAUUUCAGUCUAUUGGAUCUACUGGUGGUUUGUUGUUCAUUGAUAUCGUUUGGCUUUCCUAAUGGUACUAUAUCAGUUAUUAAAAUAUUACGUGUUUUACGUGUAUUACGACCAUUGCGUGCCAUUAAUCGUGCAAAAGGAUUGAAACACGUGGUGUCCUGUGUUAUUGUGGCCAUUAAAACAAUUGGCAACAUUAUGCUGGUGACAUUUCUACUAAAUUUUAUGUUUGCCGCCAUUGGUUGUCAACUUUUUAAGCACGUGGUUAAAUCAGUUUUUGUGGCCAUUAAGAUGAUCGGUCAGAUACUGAUGGUUACAUAUCUCCUGCAGUUUAUGUUUGCAGUGGUUUCAGUACAGCUUUUUAAGGGAACAUUUUAUUCAUGCAAUGAUAGACUAAAGCAUAUAAAAGAGGAUUGUCAGGGUGAAUUUGUUGAUUAUGUAGAUAACGAUUUUAAUAAACCUGUGAUAAGGCUCAGGGAGUGGAAAAAUUAUCCGUUCAAUUUUGACGAUAUCGGAGAAGCUAUGCUAACCCUAUGUACAGUAUCGACAUUUGAAGGCUGGCCCGGACUACUCCAUCAGUCAAUCGAUUCGCACGCCGAAGACUACGGCCCACUACACAACUAUCGGCCAUUUGUGGCCAUUUUCUACAUAAUCUAUAUCAUUGUUAUCGCCUUUUUUAUGGUCAACAUAUUUGUCGGGUUUGUUAUCGUCACCUUUCAGAAUGAAGGGGAACAGGAGUACAAAAACUGUGAACUGGAUAAAAAUCAGCGAAACUGUAUUGAAUUUGCACUGAAAGCUACACCUGUACGCCGAUAUAUCCCUAAAGCACGAUUUCAGUACAAAAUCUGGUGGUUAGUUACGUCACAGUAUUUUGAAUAUCUUAUAUUUGCAUUAAUACUCAUCAAUACCAUAACGUUAGCCAUGAGAUACGAGGGACAGUCCGAUGAAUAUUCCUAUGUUUUGAAUGUUUUAAAUAUCAUAUUCACUGCACUAUUCACUAUUGAAUUCCUAUUGAAACUAAUGGCAUUCAGAUUUAAAAACUAUUUUGGUGACCCCUGGAAUUGUUUUGACUUUUUCAUUGUAUUGGGAAGUCUUAUCGAUAUUGUCUACGAACAGCUUAAUCCGAGCUCAGAGGGAAAAACGGGAACCGCAAGGGUUAGGCCAACAUCAGUGAUGAACUUCUUGAGACUGUUCCGAGUGAUGCGUUUGGUUAAGCUAUUGAGCAGAGGAGAGGGCAUUAGGACCUUAUUGUGGACUUUUGUCAAAAGUUUUCAGGCACUACCAUAUGUGGCACUACUGAUACUAAUGUUAUUUUUCAUCUAUGCGGUAAUCGGGAUGCAAGUUUUCGGCAAAAUAGCACUGGACAUCGAAACAUCUAUUCACCGAAACAAUAAUUUUCAAACAUUUUUUCAGGCCAUACUCGUGCUGUUUCGGUCGGCUACGGGCGAGGCCUGGCAGGACAUUAUGCUCGCCUGUACGGCCAAUGAUGAAGUAUUUUGUGAUCCCAAAUCAGAUGAAGGCAUGAAAGACAAGAAAUCGUUGUGCGGUUCAAACUUUGCGAUACCUUAUUUCAUAUCGUUUUAUAUUUUGUGCUCGUUUUUGAUUAUCAACUUAUUUGUGGCCGUAAUUAUGGACAACUUUGACUACUUGACCCGCGACUGGUCAAUACUGGGUCCGCAUCAUUUGGACGAAUUUGUCCGCUUGUGGUCCGAAUACGAUCCGGAUGCUAAAGGACGGAUCAAACACCUGGAUGUGGUGACAUUGUUGCGGAAAAUAUCGCCGCCACUGGGGUUCGGUAAACUGUGUCCGCAACGGGUUGCCUGCAAACGCUUGGUGUCGAUGAACAUGCCGUUGAACAGCGACGGUACGGUUAUGUUCAAUGCGACACUGUUUGCCAUUGUCCGGACAGCCUUGCGUAUCAAAACCGACGGUAAUAUCGAUACGGCCAACGAGGAGCUGAGGGCAGUCAUACGAAAGAUAUGGAAACGGACGAGUCCUAAACUACUGGAUCAAGUGGUACCGCCGGCCAGCGACGAUGAGGUUACUGUCGGUAAAUUUUACGCUACUUUCUUGAUUCAGGACUACUUUCGGCGAUUUAAGAAGAAAAAAGAAGAACAAAAACAGACGACUGACGAGGAAAAUACCGUUGCAUUACAGGCUGGGCUCCGGUCGCUACACGAAUUCGGGCCGGAAAUCAAACGUACGAUUUCGGGUUAUCUGAAUGAAGAUAAUUUUGAAAAUGGACCCGAUUGGGAACCGAUGCAUCGGCGGAAUCAUUGGUUGUUUGGUAAUGUUUGGUCGACAUUCAAGAAACGCCGUCUUCAUCAGCAGCGAAGUAUUAGUCAACAACAACAACAAACCACUGCAAACAAUACAGCCUUCAGGGAUGUCCUGACAGCUAUUAUGUCAUCUCAAGAUAUUAUGCAACAACAGCAACAACAACAACAAUCAUCAGCGGUUAAUACCAUCAGCGGUAAUAUAUAG